AGGAGCGGUAUGGAUUCUCCGUGGCGUCCCGUCCUCGUCGCGGCUGCGCUGGCAGUCUGCCUCUGCUCCCCGCCCGCCGCCGCCGCCGCCGCCUCCUCCGACAGAAAAUACGGUUGUCUGUUUGAAGAUGAGCUCUGUGCAACGUACGAGUUCUGCGUCAACGAUGGAGUGUUUGGAAGGUGCCAGGAGUUGGCUGGGGCAGACCUGUACACGUACGAUGUUUCAUCCUCCGCUCUUCAGCGCCUCAGGAUCCUCCUACAGAACCUGGCUCACAGAGGAUUGACAUGGCGGGAUGACAUUACUCAGCAGGUCGUCUCCAGAGAGCUCUCCAAACUGAGGAAGAUCCCGCUACGCCAGAAGAGCCCAUCUUCGGACCGGCUGACGAGUUACAGCAGCUCCAGAAACAGGAAGCUGAGGCCGACGCAGGCAGAGCUGAGCGGAAAUCUUCAGCAGUACCUGGCGGGUUUGGGCUUUGUGCCGUAUGCUGACGCAAAGCAACAAGAGGGAAAUCAAGCUGUGAUUCAGAAUGAAGACAUCACACCCGGGGCUCUGAAAAAGCCCAGCCAGCCAAAACCAAAGCAGGCCUGGAAGGAGACCACCGUCUACAGCCUCCAGAAAGGAACUGGCCAACCUCCAGUGACCAAAGUCAUUACCAAGAGUGGAGAUGGCAGACACCCCAAGCUCAGUACAACCUACCCGGGCCAUGAACCUGACAGGAGCAAGCUCCUCUCCAACCAUCUGCAGCAGCUUCUUCCAGGGGCACUGGGCCCUCAGCAGGGUGUUACCGGUGGAGAGCCUGUAUGGCCAAAGGGGAAACUCCACUACCUCAGCUACCUGCAGCCUGCUCAGAGCAAUCAUGCAGACCCACAGAUUGCUUUUGGCUCCCGUACUGCAAAGCCUGAUCUUGACAGACUGCUCUUCAAGGCUGGCUCAAAUCGGCUUCCUGCAAAAAACCCACCUAGCGUCACGGAUGAUCAUCUCAUCCUCAAUGCAGUGAACCAGCUGGGAAGACACAGCCUUAACAUGGAGGCUCUGAUGGGCAAAGACCUGGGCCAUCUGGCUGAGGUCAUCGCAGGAGCUCUGCAGGAGGUGGAUGAGGAGCGGCUUACUGAUGGGGCCGAGCCAGGACCCGGAGCUGGUCACUCCAGGGGGGAGAUGAGGGUUAACCAGGAACGGCCGGCAGGGGCACUUCUGAAUCAAGACCAAGAUGUGAAAUUGUCGGGUCUCAACCCAAAAGAAGCUCCGAAGUUAAAACAACAAGGCCAACGGAUAGACGGUGCAGACAAAGAGUCCACUGACGAGCAUGCAGCCAUAUUUUCCAAGCUGCUAGACUACCUCAACAUGGAGCCGUUCGGCGGUGGUCCAGGGGUCACGGGUGACACGCAAGCUCCUCUCCAAAAGAUGGUGGGACUGGAGAGCGUCCACAGCAUAACGAAGCAGGGCCCAGUGCCUGCCCCCUACCGCUCAGAGGAAACGAUUGUGACCGUCCCGGCCAAGGAAGGGUCCACCCUGCGGCUGAGCGGCGGAGCAGAGGGGCCUGAUGCGAGGGUGGGCUCUGAGAUCCAGAGCUGGAUGCAGGGGGACCAGGCCCCGGUGGGGGGUGUACAGGCAGAGGAGGAGCACAAAAAGGACGUAAAGAUUAAAACUCAGCUGGUCCAUGUGGGAGUGAAGGAGUUUUCUAGCAGAGGGAAGGACCGACACUUUGGCUACAUCAUCACCAACUCAGACUCCCUCACCAAUGACCGGGCCUCGGACCUGAUGGAGAAGCUGACCCAGAGGAUGAACCUCCACACCGCAGACCUCACGCAGCUCUCCGUCCUGGGUCCUGCACUGACGUUCAGGGUCGGCCCAAACUCUAAAAACGUGACCACUGCAGAUCUGGUUCAACUUGCAGUCCAAGAGAAGCAGCAGCUGGAGAAGGAGACGAGCCUGAAGAUAGUGGAGGCCGGAGUGAGUGAUAGGGGCAGCCUGACCCAGAUCCCUGUGGUGAAGGAGACCAGGGUGGAGUCCGGCCAGUUCCUGCUGCUCUCCGUCCUCUGCAUGCUCUUCAUCCUGGUGGCGCUGGCCGUGUCCGCCACAUUCUUCUGCGUCCGCCAGCGCUCACACCUCCAGAUGAAGGAGAAGCUGGCAAGCCUGGGGACUGACACCAGCCAUGACGCCACCACGGCCUAUCAGGAGCUAUGUCGCCAGCGCAUGGCGAUCAGGACGUCGGAGCGCAUGGAGCGGCCCGAGACCCUGCGUCACUCGCGCCUCAACAGCGUGUCGUCCCAGUUCAGCGACGGCCCAAUGGCCAGCCCGUCGACACGCAGCAGCACCUCCUCCUGGUGCGAGGAGCCCGUGCCGUCCAACAUGGACAUCUCGACGGGUCACAUGAUACUGUCGUACAUGGAGGACCACUUGAAGAACAAGAACCGUCUGGAGCGCGAGUGGGAGGCGCUGUGCUCUUACCAGGCCGAGCCCAGCACCUGCAGCGUUGGCCAAGGCGAGCUGAACUCCAAGAGGAACCGACCUAACGCUGUAGUCGUAUAUGAUCAUUCCCGGAUCACCUUGAAAGCGGAGAACAAUCACAGUAACUCGGAUUACAUCAAUGCCAGUCCCAUAAUGGACCACGACCCUCGCAAUCCUACUUACAUCGCCGCCCAGGGCCCGCUUGCUUCCACCGUGGCAGACUUUUGGCAGAUGGUGUGGGAGAGUGGCUGCGUCGUCAUCGUCAUGCUGACCCCGCUGUCGGAAAACGGAGUGAAGCAGUGUCACCACUACUGGCCUGACGAGGGAUCAGACAUCUACCACAUAUAUGAGGUCAAUUUGGUGUCUGAGCACAUCUGGUGUGAGGAUUUCCUGGUCCGCAGUUUCUACCUGAAGAACCUGCAGACCAACGAGACGCGCACAGUCACCCAGUUCCACUUCCUGUCCUGGAUGGACCGCGGGAUCCCCAGCUCAGCCCGGACCCUUCUAGACUUCCGCAGAAAGGUUAACAAGUGCUACCGUGGCCGAUCUUGCCCGAUAAUUGUCCACUGCAGUGACGGAGCUGGCAGGAGUGGGACCUACAUGCUGAUUGACAUGGUCCUCAAUAGGAUGGCUAAAGGUGCUAAAGAGAUUGAUAUUGCCGCUACCCUGGAGCACUUGAGAGACCAGAGAGCUGGCAUGGUCCAGACAAAGGAGCAGUUUGAGUUCGCUCUGACGGCCGUGGCGGAGGAGGUGAAUGCCAUCUUGAAAGCGCUUCCUCAGUAAAGACCUAAAACCUUCUCCUUUCCUUCUCUUCUUCUCCUCCCUCUGUCUCGGACCACCGGUCUUCUCUGCCCACUCAGCGCGGACGUCCUUCCCCUACAGUUUCCUCUUCUAUUGCAAUCUCCUCUAUGCCUUCAUACGACACUGUAUGCUGAAUAUCGUGCCGGCCCCGUCCAUAUUCAUUAAUUCCCGAGUCGGAACGCUGAUCUGAUGGACGUCGUCGUAAUUGAGGAAAAUGGAGGCGGGGCUCCUCGGAUCAGCGUUCCCGCCGUGCAAUUUCUGAAUGUGAACCCAUGGUUCUCUAUGCUGUGGUGUUGUUCAUGAACAUACUGUUGCAGUGCCACUGAUGAGAUGUGUAUGUAUCAACGUGAAGAAUACUAACUGAGCUGCCACCUGUUUAAAAACUACGCUAUUUUUCUUCUUCUUUUUUUUUUUUUUUUGCCUCAGUUCUAUUUUGUGUGUGAAAUCCUUAAAGCAAAAUGUUGGUAGAGGCUGCAUUAAUUUAUUUGUUUCUGUGGCUGACAGUUCUAAAUAUUCCAAUAUGCCCAGAUCCACUGCUUUGGAAAAGUAUUCAAACCCUUUUCAUAUUACAACAUGAACUUCAAUGUGUUUUGGGGGGGGAUUUGAUGUGAUAGACCAACAAGACUAAAAAGUGGUGCAUAAUUGUAAAAAAGAAACAACAAUGACUUUUCAUUGUUUCUUCUUUUUUUUUCUUUUUUCUUUUUUUUUUUUUUUUUUUUUUUCACAAAUAAACAUAUCAAAUGUCUGGUGUUAAUUUAUAUAUUUCCACCAUCAUAGCAUUUUACCUGUAGGCCAGAAAGCAAAAUUAUUGUCUCCUCUAGCCAUCGCGGCUUCUUCUGCAUCAUAGUUCCUUGGUCUUCAUCAUGCUGUUUGUUCAGUAAUGCCCUAAAACACCUCAGUGACCUUCACAGAACAGCUGUAUUUUUACUGAGAUGAACUUACACACAAGUGGACUCUGUUGGUUGCACUGGAUUUUAUUUAGGGAAAAGGGACUGAAUAAAAGUGCACACCGCACUUUUCAGAUUUUUAUUCGGAAAAUAAUUGAAAAGCCACGUUUCUGUUUCAUCUCCAUUAAAAUUAUGUGAUGCACUGUGUUGGUUUAUCACACAGCAUCCCAAUAAAAUGCACUGAGGUUUGUAAAUGUAAAGGCAAAAUGUGAAAACAUAUAAUACUUUUGCAAGGCACUGUUUGCAACAGAAAAACUGAGAACAGUCCAGACAUCAUGUUUGUGUUUUUGCUGUUUGACCUAAAGUCACUUAAAUGCUGCAGCUCUGAACUUUCACUUUUAGACUAAGAAAAAAAGCAUGAAAUUAAAUUCUUGCUUUUAAAAAUCAGAAGCAUUUUCUCAAGUGAAAGUAUUUGUGAGAGAAUGCUUUCUAUCCAAGUUGAAGGUCAUCUGAGUUUUGUUGAUAUAUAUUUUGGAUCUUUCUGAGGACCUAACAUAAAUUAAAUAUCAUAUCUGCUCUACCUGGAACAAAAAAAAAA